GAGGAGGAUGGGAUAAAUGAAGAUGAAGAAGAAAUAGUGAGUGAAGAAGAAAACGUCUGGGAAGAGGGCACCAAGCCAGAAUUUAAAGACGGCAGACAACUAGUGGAGUGGCUUGGAAGAAAGCUGCCAUAUAUGGAGGUACACCCUACAGUUAGAAAUGCUAUCUUAUAUAUUGCACAAGUUUCGUAAAUUUAUCGUAUAUCAAUGGAGAGUAUACAAUACUCCCUUAUUGCAUUUACUUAAAUGUGACUUCAUUUUUAAAUUGAAAUUUCAGCCCUUUGCCCCAGAUGAUGCAGUGCACUACUACUUUUGUAGAGAGUGGAGUAGAGAUAAUUUUCAACCUAAAUUAGAUCUCCUGGUUGAGGAAGACAUGGAAACAACAACCGAAGACGAAUACAUGGAAGGGACCAUUCCUGAAGAAUGCAUGGGAGGGACCAUUCAUGACGAAAGCAUGAAAGAGAUCAAUCGUGACGAAAGCAUGAAAGAGACCAUUCAUGACAAAAGUAUGGAAGGUAUCAUUCAUGACGAAAGCAUGGAAGGGACCAUUAAUGAUAUUGAGGAAGAAAAUGAUGAGGAGGAAAAUCCGUAUAUUAAAAUGAUGAGAAGUCCUUUGGUUGUGGAAGGAUUUUUAAUAAAGAAUAAAGACAAUACCACAAACAUCAGAAAAGAAAGCAAAGAUCUGAUGAAUGAGACUGGGACAUUGAGCGCUCUGUUGUCUGACGAUAAGAAGAAGAAUGGAAAGGAAAAUAAGAAGCAUGGGAAAAAAGCAAAGAAAGGGAGGAGAGCCAUUUUGUUCUUCUUUCGAUUGUUCGGAAGAUAACAAGGAACUCUUAUACAAUUUCCACAAAAUGAACAGUGAAAUGUUAUAUUAUUUACAUAUCUUAUAGAAAAAAAGUUGUUUUAAAUGUUUGAAGUAUUUAAUGCGUAAUAAACAGACUCAAAAUGAA